AUGGCCGAGCACACCUUCGACUCUUCUCUCUUUUCCCACACUAUGAACACAUCCACCAUCACAUCAACACCCCUCGCCCCACCUCCAUCAGCCACAUCAUCACACCAACAACAACAGGCAUCAGACACCAUGAUGCCCACAACCAUCAAGAUGGAAAUGAUUGAGAACUGCGACCACUCGCCCUCACCACAACGCUCCGCCUCCAAGUCAUCAGAACCCUCAUCAACACCGGCCCCAGAGAGCAGCGCCUCAAAGCCAGUCAAGAAGCGAAAGUCAUGGGGCCAGGUCCUGCCUGAGCCAAAGACCAGCCUGCCGCCCCGAAAGCGCGCAAAGACCGAGGACGAGAAGGAGCAGCGACGCAUCGAGCGUGUAAAGCGGAAUCGUCUCGCCGCACACAACUCACGUGAGCGAAAGCGACAAGAGUACGAGGUCCUCCAAAACGAAAAGGACGAGCUCGAGGCCAACAUGAGGGCCUACAAGGACAAGAUGGCCCAGAUGGAGGCCGAGCUCCGCUACUACCGAUCAAAGUACCCCGGUGAAGCACCAACAUCAACCCCCUUCGACCUCUCAACAACACACGACUCGUUCAGCACCAUCUGCCCCGCGCAGAUCCCUACAUCCUUCCCCAGCCCCGUAUCCAUGGACUCGAUGGACUCACCCCGUGACUCAUCCUGCCAACCCGAGACUCCCCCGUCAAGCUUCGAGGCCUCGCCCGAAUUCGACUCGACACAAUACUCUGCCGCGGUAUUCAUGGUGGAUUCUUCUUCAGUCGAUGUCUUUGGGUCAACCCUCUUCGACCACAGCUCUACCUCAAGCUCUUAUGGCUUUCUUGACGGCUUUGAUGCAAAGUUCCAUGACUUGCAGAGUGCCUCUGGCGCAACUUCGGUUAGCGACGAGGCCCUCGCAGCGGGAUCACUUUAG